AUGUCUGAGACCACCUUUCACAUUGCCAUGUUUCCAUGGUUUGCUUAUGGUCACCUGACCUCCUUCCUCCACAUCUCCAACAAACUUGCAGAACGAGGCCACAAAAUCUCAUUCUUGUUGCCACGCAAAACUCAACCAAAGUUUGAGGCUUUCAAUCUCCACCCAGAUCUCCUCACUUUCGUUCCCCUCGACAUUCCCCAUGUCGAUGGUCUUCCUCCAGGUGCUGAAACUACAGCUGAUGUUCCUUUCCCACUUCAUUCCCUCAUCAUGACUGCCAUGGACCUCACUGAACCAGUAAUUGAAACCCUCCUUUAUGAUCUCAAUCCCCAAUUUGUCUUCUUUGAUUUCACUCAUUGGCUGCCGGCUGUGUCCCGUAAGUUAGGUAUCAAGUCCAUACACUACUGCACUAUAAGCCCCGCUACCGUUGGGUAUCUGAUAAGCCCUGAAAGAAAACUUCUUGAAAAACCUUUAACAGAAACUGAUCUACUUGUGCCACCGACAGCUUUCCCUCCGUCAUCAAUCAAGCUACGUGUCCAUGAAGCUCGGGGACUGGCUGCAGCAACUGUGAAACAAUAUGGCAGCGGCAUCUCAUUCUUUGAAAGACAAACAAUGUCAUUCAUGGAAUGUGAUGCUAUUAGUUUCAAGACAUGUAGAGAAAUGGAAGGGCCUUAUUGUGACUAUGUUGAGAGUCAGUUUGGUAAGCCAGUGAUUCUGGCUGGGCCUGUUUUACCAGAAAAGCCAUCAAUGGUCUUAGAGGAAAAAUGGGCAACAUUAUUGGAUAGUUUUAAACCUGGAAGUGUGGUAUUCUGUGCAUUUGGUAGUGAAUGCAUUCUGGAGAAGAAUCAGUUCCAAGAAUUGGUUCUGGGUUUUGAGCUUACAGGCUAUCCAUUCUUUGUUGCACUGAAACCACCAGUGGGAGCAGAAUCAAUCGAGUCAGCAUUGCCAGAUGGGCUUCAAGAGAGAGUGAAAGGGAGAGGAGUUGUCUAUGGAGGUUGGGUUCAACAACAAUUGAUCUUGAAGCACCCUUCUGUGGGUUGUUUUGUGACUCAUUGCGGAUCCGGUUCUUUAUCAGAGGCUAUGAUGAGCGAGUCUCAAUUAGUACUGCUACCUCAUCAUGGAGAUCAAAUCAUCAAUGCCAGAUUAAUGGGUGGAGAUCUGAAAGUUGGAGUGGAGGUUGAAAAAGGUGAAGAAGAUGGGGUGUUUAGCAGAAAUGGUGUGUGCAAGGCAGUGAAGGGAGUCAUGGAUGAUGAUAGUGAGUUGGGUAAAGAAGCAAGGGCUAAUCAUGCUAAAUGGAGAGAGUUUUUGUUAGGCGGAGGGCUUGAGAAUUCUUACAUUGAUGGUUUAGUGAAAAAUCUGCAUGCCCUCCUCGGAUGA